AUGCUAACUAGACUCAUCUUUCUCAUCGCCGUCGCUACUUCUGUCACCGUCGUCCUUCUCCUUGCUUUAUUCUCACCCGUUCCUGAUUACGACCCACUAGAAUCACUCUUCUCCUUCUCCCUUUAUGUUCAACAAACCCAUAUCUCUUCCUCCUCCUAUGUCUCUCGCAGGUCAUCAACUCACCGCAUGGCUGGGACCCACAGCAGAGGAGUAGGAGGAGGAGCAUUGAUUUUCCGGCGUACGCUCACGGAGGGACCUGAUAACAGUUCUCGGAUCAUGGGGAAGGCUGAGGGAUUUAUAAUCCCGCAUGAAGAAUUUGCUAACUCCGAUUUUAACGUGAUAUAUUUGACGUUAGAGACUCCUGAGUACACGGGGAGUGUUAGUAUUAGAAGCAGAGACAUGGCACGUAAACUGGAAGAGGUUAUGGAGGUUGUCGGAGGGACAGGAGCUUUUGCCUUUGCUCGUGGAAUUGCCAUGUUUGAUGAAGUUGGUGACGAGGAAGAAGCUGUGACCACUUACCGUGUUAAGCUACUGCUUAAGUUUCCACAUACUUCUAAAAUAGAUCCACAGUGAUAGACUCUUUCGUUUUUACUUUUUAUAUAAAUAAAUUUAUAUACACAUUACUUAAAUAAACGUGAUUUUUC